UCUGGAAGCCCUCUUCCUAUUCUUCCCGCCUCCCUCUUUGCCUCUACAUCAAGCCCGGUCUUAUUUAUCAGCACAGUCAGACUAAAGAAGGAAGACCAGGAACCCCCAGGACUCACCCCAUCUCCACAGCAACCUCCUCUCACGGCACUGCCCCCUGGCGGGAGACGCUGAGAACGCACGGGCCCUGGGGUUCCUGGGGCUCCGGAGGUUCCUGGGCUCCCGCUUCAGCGGAGAGGCGCCAGGCGGUCCCCGCCCAAGGCUGGUUGCAGGCUGCCCGCCAGCCCGCGUGCUCGCUUCCCUCCUCCCCUCCCGUCUGAGUCCUGUCACACCUUGCUCUGCCUGCCACCCGGGAGGACCAUGUCCAGGCUCAGUUGGGGAUACGAAGAACACAAUGGUCCAAUUCAUUGGAAUCAAUUUUUUCCUAUUGCGGAUGGGGAUCAGCAAUCUCCAAUUGAGAUUAAAACCAAAGAAGUGAAAUAUGACUCUUCUCUCCGACCUCUUAGUAUAAAGUAUGAUGCAAGCUCAGCAAAAAUCAUCAGUAAUAGUGGCCAUUCCUUCAACGUUGAUUUUGAUGACACUGAGGACAAAUCAGUUCUGCGUGGGGGUCCUCUUGCUGGAAGCUACAGGUUACGACAGUUUCACCUCCACUGGGGAUCUGCUGAUGACCAUGGGUCUGAACACGUGGUAGAUGGAGUGAGAUACGCCGCAGAGCUCCAUGUUGUUCACUGGAAUUCAGACAAAUACCCCAGCUUUGUUGAAGCAGCUCAUGAGCCAGAUGGACUAGCUGUCUUGGGAGUAUUUUUACAGAUUGGUGAACAUAAUUCUCAGUUGCAGAAGAUUACUGACAUCUUGGAUUCCAUUAAAGAAAAGGGCAAACAAACAAAAUUCACAAAUUUUGACCCAAUAUCUCUGCUUCCUCCUUCCUGGGACUAUUGGACCUAUCCUGGUUCUCUGACAGUUCCACCCCUUCUUGAGAGUGUCACAUGGAUUGUUUUAAAACAACCUAUAAAUAUCAGCUCUCAACAGCUGGCCACAUUCCGCAGUCUCCUGUGUACAACAGAGGGUGAGUCAGCAGCGUUUCUGUUGAGUAACCAUCGUCCACCACAGCCUCUGAAGGGCCGCAAAGUGAGAGCUUCUUUCCAUUAAAAGCAGUCACCAGUAGUAGAUCACCCACCCUUCAGAGGGAAAAAAACACAUCACCACACAACACAAGUUUUCUUGCUUUCUAGGAAUUCAAUUAAAUGGGUACUGUUUUGCUAUUAGCUUACUCAUCAUGGAAAAGUCUAUCUCUUCAGACAAAUUAAAGUAACUCAUCCAUCUUACAUUUGAAGUUAUGAAGUUGGCCUUGUUUUAUAUUAUUGAAACCCAUGAAAAUGCAUCAGUGUUGGCCUGUGUGGAAACAUGGACAGUAUUCACAAACCUCAGAAUAUUUUGAUUUAAAAAUGCUCUUGUGCUGCAGAGAAUCUGUGGAGCCUCAGAGUUGUUUUGGUAAAAAACUUAAAUUUGCUUCCAGAGUGAAAGAAUAUAUUUUUGAUAGCUAUCCAAGUCAUAAGAUGUAGAUAAGGUCUUUAAAGUGAUUUUUUUGUUUUGUUUUGGUCAUGCAUCUGAUUCUUAUUGCAUGGUAUCAUUAAUAAAAUAGGUGGGUGGUCAGGAUAUAGCUGUGUAAUGCAAACCACCUACUUUACAGCUCAAAAACAAGGCAAAGAUUUUCAGUGAGGAAUUCCUCAGGGCUAGGGAAAUAAUAUAAUGGCUAUGCAAAAGACUUUCAUGCCUAAGGCAUGGAAGUCCCACCAGAAGCCAGAGUUGAGCAGUACUAUGGUAAAAAAAAAAAAAAAAAAAAAAUAUAUAUAUAUAUAUA